AUGCAAGAUCCAGUGCUCAUGAGCGACGGGCACAUUUACGAGAAGGAUUCGAUUCUGCAGUGGCUGGCAAGUGGAAACAAGUGUUCGCCCUGCACACGAGCCGAACUAACGCACAAGUGGGUCCUGAGACUUCUUCCCUACAUCCAAACUACAGAGCUGCUACUGUCCUCCCAGGGCGAUGCGACACCGACUAAGGCACAAUCAAUUUCGUGCCCGGACAGUAUAUCUGCCGUCAAGCUUUAUGCUGCAAAAUGUGCAGAAGCGCUUGAAACCUGCAUCAACAGUCCCAGAGAUUUGGGCAGAAGUUUGCUGUCAGCACAGCCACUCUUUACAGAGCUGGAAGAGACGUCUGCAAGGUUGUUGAGAAGUCUCGAUCAGCUUAGGGAGGCUGCGAAACAGGAGUCCCAGGCUGUGACCGAUGCAGCUGUGCAUAGAAUUCAGCGCUGGGUGCGCCACAACAUGGCCAUUCGGCGCCGCAAGAAGCAAGCUGCCCAGCUUGCAGAACUAUGUAGCAACGCCUUGCUCAAAGGCAAACUGGAACUUGUUGCCAAAUGCUUUGACCGCACUGAUAUUGACUACCGACAGGUCGUAGCAAAUCUGCGGAUGCAAGGAGACACUUUACGUCAGGAGCUGGACUGUCACCUCACGCCCUUGCAGAAAGCAGCAAGGGCAGGGCUGGUUCAUGCCGCCAGAUUGCUGCUUCGGGCCGGGCUUACACGUGAUGAUAUCAACCAAUUCGUGUCAGACCUCGCAGGGGAAGACGAUGUCGCCUUCUCAAACAGCACAUGCCUACAUCUUGCUGUCCAUCCGAAUCAUGUUAACAUGACACGAUUCCUUUGUCAGGAACUGGCCGAUGUCGACAGACCGUGCACCUCAAUCAAUGUUACAGCGUUGGUGCUGGCAGCUCGAUUCGACCAUUGUGAGAUCAUUGAGGAGUUGGUCCGCGCGCGUGCUGACAUGGAAAAAGCCACGAAAGACUUUGGCUGCACACCGCUCUUCGAAGCUGUAGGGCAAGGCAAGGUUGCUGCCGUGGAGUCACUUUGCAAGCUUCGGGCCCAGAUCAACCGAUCGCAGACAGUUGGUUUCACACCUCUCUUCCUGAGCGCCAGGACGGGAGUGGAGGAAGUCACGAGCAUUUUGAUCCGGUUGCGUGCCAACCUGGAGAAAGCGGAUGUCAACAGCGGAUUUACCCCCCUUUGCGAAGCAGCUCGGCGAGGACACUCGGAAGUGAUUCGCGCCCUAUGUAUAGCUGGAGCCGAGAAAGAUGCCGUGACAAAGUCCGGCUUCUCACCUCUAUUGCUGGCAGCCAGCAACAAUCGCAUCGAAAGCCUGAAGGCAUUGUGUGAUGCUGGUGUGGACAAAGACAAGCUCUAUCGUUUGAAGAUUUGGGAUGCUGCUCCCGGUGAUUUAGAAAUUGGGAGCACCGAGCACGCCAUUCUGUCAUGCAUUUUGGGAGAAGCCGCAGUAAGACGCAAAAUGAAAGAGAGCAAAGGGAAGCAGCACAUUACCGUGUGGGACUGUGGAUCGACUUUAUUUGCUUCUGCUUUCCAAAACCAGCCAGAGAUCGUCCAGGCGCUCUGCGAGAAAAAAGCGGACAUGGACAGGCCAACCUCAGAAACCCAACUGACGGCCUUGUUCAUUGCAGCAGUCAGAGGCCACGAAGAGGUGGUCCGGACAUUAAUCCAUGCAAGUGCAGACGUUCGGCGCCGUGCCGGAAAGACACAAAUUACCCCUGCCACAGCGGCGGCACGUGCCGGAAGGGGGAAGGUGGCAAGUUUGUUGGCGGAGCUGGCAGAUGAGGAGGAUUUUGCAGAAUCCUCGGACAAGAAAUUGGAAGUACACACACUCGAAGAUGUCAUCAGAAGAACCGAGGCUCGCCGUGAGGCCUACUCCAACACGAGCAAGCGAAUGUUAGCCGUAGAUUAUCGCAGACUGCCGUUUGUUGACCAGCUUGUCCCAGUUCGCGCAGCCGUGAUGUUGGAAAUGACGAUCUCCGGUGGCAUCAGUUGGGGAGAAUUGGCACCGCCACUAAUGCUGGUAAACCCCGUGGUGACUCCCAUCCUGACGUUGUACAUCGCGCUUGCCACGUUCUGUGUGCUGAACAUCGUCACUGGUGUCUUUGUGGACCGUUCUGCUGCGAUGGCUUUGCAAGACGAAGAGAACAUGAUGCUGGAAGAGAUACAGAACCGGAAAAGAUGGAUAAAGGAGAUCGAGACCUUGUUUGCAAAGGCAGACACGGACCACAGCGGCAAUGUUGAGUGGGAAGAGUUUGAGAAUGCUUUGGCAGACCUUCGGGUCCAGCUCUGCUUCAAGAACCUUGGGAUUGACCUCCACAAAGUAAGCUUGGAGCAGAUCUGGCAGCUCAUCGACUUCGACAACAAAGGCUACAUUGAAAUCAGCGAGUUUGCCGACUGUCUGCUGGAAAUGCAUGGCGUUGCGCACAGCAUUGACAUCGCGCGCCUGAGGCACGAGCAGCAAAGGACGGCACGGAAGCUGGAGCAUGUGCUGAGGCUCUGCGACACGGGAUUCCAGACGCUGUCGGAAAUGUCCCGCUCGCUGGUUGUUUCUGGAAUGCUGCUCGGAACAGAGAAGCAGUGA